CAUGUAUAACACGACUUUGUGAGAUUCGGAAACGACAAAUUCUUUUCUUCGUGUUACAUCCAUGACGCCUUUAUUUGAAGUAUACACCUUUAUUAACUUUUUUUUACACAGGAUCGCUAAAAAAAAUAUAGCAUCACAAGGUCUUUUGGCCAUCGACGAGCUUCGCACACUCAGCCUGUACAUUGUUGCAUUCAUAUAAGUUUGUAUGCAAUUCCAGUUAAGGUAUAUUUUUAUCUGUGUCUAGUGCAUUUUUCGAAGCGGACAAAACCACUCGAUGAAUCAACAGGUGAGGCGCUAAACACUAGAACAAGAGCAGUAAAUAUAUAGUCCCAACUAACAGUUAUAAAUCUUCGUUGUCAUUCUAUCGCGAAAUGCAGAAUGCAGAUGCGAAAUUGUUUCAGUGAUGCUAUUUGUGCAUUUAUUUCUCGGAAAUGAGGUCUCCGCGCAUGCGUGUUGAACAGAAGAAGACGGCUGCAAACGCAGAAUCUCGCGAGCGUUGAACUUUUGCAAGUUUUGCGUGUAUUCCAUUAAAACGUUUAGCAUCUUGUUUUUGUCUAAGAUUAAAAUAUAGCUGGAAGUGAGGAAGCUGUUACAGUGCGGCGGGAAAGUCUUUCGACUGAACAAGCGGAAAGAGAAAUGUAAAUAGUAUGGCUGCUGAUCAGUUUUGUCUCCGGUGGAAUAACUUCCAAAUUAACAUAACUUCAGCUUUGGAAAGCUUGAAGAGUGAUGAGGAUCUGGUGGAUGUGACACUAACAUGUGAUGGACAGAAUGUCAAGGCUCAUAAAGUUAUACUCUCAGCCUGUAGUCCUUACUUCAGGAAUGUUUUCAAGGAGAAUCCGUGCCAGCACCCAGUGGUAAUACUUAAAGAUGUCCGAUAUGAAGAUGUACAGGCACUUCUGAGCUUUAUGUACCAAGGUGAAGUUUACAUUUCACAAGAUAGGCUGGCACCAUUCCUCCAUACAGCAGAAUUGCUGCAAGUACGAGGUCUUGCAGGUGCUGCUAAUCCAUUCAGAGAAACACAGCAGCAGUCACCUGCACCACCACCACCACCGCCACCACCAACAGCACUGCAACCUCAGGUGACCACAUCUCAUUCAAAGCAACGCAAACCAGUCUCCUUACCUUCAGUCCCACCCCCUGUUGCUCCACACCUCCACACACAUACUCGCCCAAGUUUACCAGCAUCACCAGCCUUCGUCACAUCUGAGCAGCCAGCUACAGUAUCACCAGAGUUACCAGUUCCUGUGAGUGUUUCACCUACUCUCUCUCAGCCAUCAAGCCCUCAGCAUGAUGAUACUCCUGUACCACUGUCCAAAAGGCGCAAAGCAUUCCCACGCCGCUUUGCAGUUACACCUGUACCACCACAGUUGUCCUCUCAGGAGGAAUUCUCUGCUCUUCCACAUCAGACUGCUUCACAGACUCCUGCAGUUCCAGACAGCCCACUGCAUGACCUGCCUGUAACAAUAAAAAAGGAACCAAUAUGUCAGGAUGAGGGGGAUAUACAGGAGGAACAGACUAUCAGGGGAAUGGAUGGGAAUGGCAGCCCAUCAGCAUCUGGUGCGUCAGAAGAUACAGACUGCUUUGGAAGCAAUUUGGGCGAUGAGGAUUCUCGUGGAGUGCCACUGAAGGAAGAAAGUAGAGGCUCAUCUCCUCCAGCCUCUCAGCAACAGAGCAUGCUCAUGCGGUCAUUGUCUGGGGCACCACCACAGCAUGCUGCUGUGCCUGAAGGAACUCAGAGCAGCUGGAGUACAGAGCCAAGUUGGUCAACACCACAACCGACCACCUUAACUCCUCGUCAGUUGGCAAUUCGCAUUGCAAAUCGCAAUAUGUAUCAACGUCGUAAGCACAUCUGGCAAUCCCGCCGGCCUGUCAACUGCCCUAACUGUCACAAAGUCAUUUCAAUGGCAUACAAUCUCAAAUCACAUAUGAUCACUUGUCUUCGAAAAACUUCUAAUCUUAGCUCAAAAACUGAGGUUGCAACUCAUGACAGGGGUUGGACAACAAUAUAACUCACAUUUAAAUGUGUGUUAACGUACUUAACUGUCUUUAAAAUUUUUGCCAAUAGUGAUCACCAGUCCAUAGUUGAAAAUGAUGAUUUGGGUGGAAGAAUGAUGUACCUCUAAAAUUGUUAUUUUAGUUUAGAAAGUAAUGAUAUAUAAUAAUAUUUUGCUGAACAUUAGGAAAGUAUUUCCUAUUGAAUACUGUUGUCAUGUUCUGCCAGGCACCAAUGGAAAAUUCAGUUAUACAGUAUAUAAAAAUCAGAUCCUGGCAAUGUCAUAUUUAAUGACAAAUUUCAUUAUGCUGUAAAAUUUACUUACAAAGUAUUGAACUGAUAUACUGUUUAUUGUUUUGGCAUUAGUCGUUAUUCUAUGUCUUGUGUCUUCCUCCCCAAGAUACUAACAUGAAAAAAGUGUGCAAAUUAAUAUGUAUGUUCAAGAGUAACUCUUUUUCAGAAACAAUGUGUAAUAUAUGUGAAGAAAACUGCAGCAGCUACAAGUGUGAAAGUGUUACAGUGGUAAAGAAAAUUAAAUGAGUUAUGAUCUCAUUGUGGCAAAGUUUCUUCAAUGAUUUCCAGCUGAGUGUGUUCAUCAAAAAGGCUUGAUGUUUCAGCGAGUGUCACUCUCAGCAUUUUUGGGUGAAGUGUCAAAAUUGGGUAUUGGUAAUCUUCAUGUAGGAGAUGGAGCAUGGCAUGCCAGCUCGUCCCCUCUCCACAGUGUGUACGGGAGGGUGGGCUUGAAUCAGGGUCUUGGAGUAGUCAGUCAGCCUCCACCCCAUGUGCAGUCUGGAUAUAUCUCGCCUUCGAGCAUUCACACUGUACUGUAAUCAGAAAUGGGUCCAAGCAUUGUUAGUAGCCGCCAUCUGUGUUUAUGAGACCAUCAUUACACAUAAUUUUGAUGGUCUACUUUAUUUCACUGUCACAAAAUCAAGUGGCCCUGCACACCACUCUCAUCUGUUCAAAAUCAAAUAUAAGGCACACUUCCUAGGUGCGCUCUGUGACUAAAGAUUUGCCUUUCUGCCCCAAGUGAAUGCAUCUGAUAUGCUUGGAGCAGGUAUGCAGAAUGCAGUGUUGUACCUGCCCAAUAUACUGCAACUCGCAUUCUCAUUGAUGCUGUAGAUGCCUGGUGUGCACAGUCCCGCUAGAUCCAAAUCAACUAGAUCUUUAAUCUUCUUCAGUGAUCAGAAGAUUUUUUUAACAGCAUAUUUCUUUAGGAUCCUUGUAAUCCCGACUGCUAGUAUUCCCACAUAUAGCAGGAAGGCCACUCACUCUCCCUCUUCCUUUUUUAUUUCGCAUUGCCUUCAUAAUUUGUGUAUCAUGUAGCCAUUCCUCUGGAUGACUUCUCUCAGAGGUUGCAAAUUGUUAGGCAGGAAUUCGUGGUUACUUAUGGUCAGAAACAUGUGAACAAGGGUCCUCAGAACUAUUCUGCAUUGGGUUGGAUGGUACUUACUGAAUUGCCAACUGUGUUUGCAUUGCUUUCUAGGGUUAUAUCAUAAUUUCUUCUCCUUUUUUAAAGCUGAAAAAACAUGAGAGAUUUUUAAUGAUCUCAUUUUAAUUUAUAGUUCAAUAUGCAAACUAAAGGAAAGGCAACCACUUAACCAUAGAUGACAUGUACGGCACACAGAAACUGCAAAAAAAGCUGUUUAUAAUAUCUUAUAAGGUCCUACUCUUUGCUAACAGGGGUACAUACACACACAACCACCCAGACACACGUCCAUGGCCAUAGCAAGACAUAUAAGAUGAUGAUGAUGAUGAUUAUAAUUACAAUUACUAAAUAACUGUGUAAGGUAAAGACACCAGUCUUUGAUGAUACGGUGUGGAGAUUUAUAUAUUUUCUAUAAGGUUCUCAACCCAUUGCUUAAAAAUGUGAUGUUUUAUAAUCUAGAGCUCCAUUUGAGUUUUACUGAAUACUCUGAGUAAAUUUUCACUUAAAAUUUGUUUAAAAAAUAGUUUUUGUAAGCUACGUCAAUAGCAUCAGUUAUUGACAUGCAAGACUUUCAUGAGAACUAGCCAUUGACACUGUUGUAACAGUCGCUGACAGUUGGCAAAACAUAGAUUUAAAGUAUUCUAAAUCAUUCUAUGGUAAUUAGGAUGUGAAUAAGUGUGUAAAAUAGAAUGUCAGAGUAAUAGUACUCUUUUAUUGGUGUCAUGUGAAGUGAUUGGAAUGAUGCAGUAAAGAAUCAUGAACAGAAAAAUAAUGGGAAUCGUACAUCAGCUUAUUAAAGCCACGGUGAAUAUUUUUCUAGACUGAAACAGUCUUUUCCAUUAUAUCCACACGCUUGGGAAAUCAGUAUUGGAGCCUUGCUCCUGUAUAUGGAAGAACAGGAGCUGAUAACUUCCCAGUGAUGGAGUUUUGUUUCACUACGCUAACAACUUUUUUAUCCAUUCUAAAGAUUUUUUUGUCAUCACCAACGCAUUUCACUGAUAAUAAUUCCAUCUUAGUGUCAUCUGAAAGUAAUUGCUGCACUACAAAUGCUUGGGGCCACAGAAUUUUCCCAACAAAAAGUCCGUGAACAUUAGGCUAUGUUUUUCACAAUUUGUGAUUUAUCACAAUUCCUCCUCUGAUUCUUCAUUGAACCCUGUGAUACAUGAAUUAUUAAGAAGUGAGAAUUUUUUUUUUUUUGAAAUGGGGUUUAUAUAGUAAAGAUAAAUGCCUAUUAUCACACAAUAGAAAGUUUUAUUCAAAUUUACUAUUUACCAAAAAAAAAAAAAUUACUGAGAUGUCCACUGGAGUGGACACUAUACACUUUAAGAACUCCCGAGUCUUCCUAUGUUAAUUAUUUCUUUUUGUGUGGAAACUCUCAAAGCAAUUUGUGGACAUAGGGGUUCGUUACAUUUACUGCAAAUGUACUUAGUUUUCCUUUUGCACAAUUGAUCAUGAUAUCUGUUUGAAUUUUUUAUGUUCAAAAGUUUUGGCCAAUGAUUCUCUUGCUGGAAUCUUGCCUCAUCUGCUGCUUUACAAACUGGUCUCUUUUCUGGAAUCUUGGAGCAGAAACAGGUCUUCGUCUCCUUCUUGGUGACUGUUCGUGUUUUCCCAGAUUUAUGAACAGUUAUGCCACCAACACCUUGAAAUCAAGGUGACAGAUGUCAUGUCAUGGCUGACUAUAUAGCAACCAAGAGUUCACAAUAGCCACAUCAAUAAAAUGUAAAAAGUCACGCAGGUACCACCGCUUGUUUCGUCGACAAUGUGGAUAUUAUGCUAUGCACUACUCCAUUAUGUCUACACCUCCCAUAUGACGAUUGUAAUAUGUGACACUGAGUGAUUGAUGUAAACUGAUGGUCUUGUUUUCCUUCUUGCUCCAGUGCUGAACUUGUGAUAUGUGCUGUGCACCAUCACACUUAGAAGCAAUAUGCACACACUUAUUGUCAAACCAUUUUGUGAUGGUUAUGCCCUCUUUACACAUGACAGAUGAUCAGUCCCCUCAUGUGCCCUUUUUCAUGUCUUUGAAGGAAGCAAUGACUGAGCACCUCGAAGCCAGUUUACUUGGCAUGUCCCAGUGGCCCAAAAGCCAUUUUUUAAGCGCUCCUGGAGUAGUGGGACACUUGUAAAUAUGGUGUUGAAAAAUGCUUUGUGGUUCUUGUGCUUGAUAUCAUCACAAACUCGUAGAACCACAUAAGCACAAGUUCCAAACUCACUAACUGGCACAUCCCAUCAGAUCCACCUCGAUAUACUUCUAAACGGUUGACAUAACCAGAAGAACCAGCUCUCAACCAGCCUUCCAGUCCCCAUUUCUUUGAUUUGUUAGCAACAUAGUGUUUGAUAUUGCUACGACCCUUGAAAGGUAUGAUCUGCUCAUCAAUACACUGAUGCUUCUCAGCUUUUGCAGCAUAAAGAAAGCGUCUUUGCAGACACUCGAGAAAUGGAUGGAUUUUGUACAGACGAUCUGUGUUGCUUUGAUCCACUGCACUAUUAUGCACAAAAUGAAGAAAACGCAGUAUGUUAUCAUACCGAUUGACCGGUAAAGAGUUGGCUACUAAACCCAUCCUUAGUCCUUUAUCUGAUGACCAGUAUGAUCGGGUACGAGGGGACUUGAUGUAUGUCAUCACUAUGUUCACUCCUAGAAAUGUUUUCAUUUCAGGAACUGUCAGUCCAAGAUUUAAUUUUUCAUUCAGAAGAGCAUACAGAUUAGUUUGAAACACAAUUUGUUCCAACAUUUUGGCAGAAAUUAUUUCUGUGAAGAAAACAAUAGGGCUCUCUCCAGUUAUAUUUAUUUUUUCCACCCUUGUAAAUUUCGGUAGUGGUACAGAAUUAUUGUUGAUCUGUUGCCACUCGGAGUUUGACAGCCGUGUUCUUUUCACUGGUCGGGAACUUGUAGCAUCACACGGAAUUUCACUCUCACUAUCCUCAGAAUCAGAACCAUUGUCAUCAGAGCUGUAACUUGGUUCCACAAAUACGUUUCUCAAUGACUGUGGUUCCCCGACUUCAUCGUCAGUUUCGUCUGCCAGUGUGCAUUCUGAAUCAGAUGGCAACUCUUUGAUUACUUCCUGAAAUUCAAAAUUUUGGAACUAAUUAUAGGAUUUUGUGUGUCAUAAGUUAUAAGAUCUAUGCUGAGUUACUAUGUCAUGUUGUAAGACAGCUCGCGACCAAUGCCAUUAUUGUGUGAUGUCCACUGCAGUGGACAGAUACUUUAUGCUUCAUAGUAUUUGUAAAAAUAUGUUUUGGUGAUCUCUGAUUAUUUAGAAAUGGAGCAGUAUCUUUCUAGGUUCAUUAAGAAUUUUCUUACCCUGCAUCUUGAAUGUCCAUAAAAGUCUUGCACUGAAAUAGUACAUGCUGGUGCACGGUCACCCUUCAAAGACGCCAUCUUGAUUACUUGUGAUGUUUGUAUGCAAACAGAUGCUCUAAUAGUUUUGUACGCCCUACAGAUCGCAGCAGCAUGUGGAGGGUGACCACUGGAGUGGACUGCAUGUAUUGGAGACUUAAAAACACUGUCACAGUGAAGGCAAAAGUGACCAAUAACACCCAUCCACUGCCGUGGACACCAUGUGUCACAGGGUUAAUUCAGUAGCAUCUAUACUUCUGCACUGCCCUCAUAUUCUGAACUUCAGAGUUUUUGUAUUCGCAUCUUGUAUUUUUUAACAGUUUUCUUUCUUUCUUUUCCUUCUUUAAAAUUUUCUUCUUAGCUUUCCCAUGUUUUUUUGAUACUUUUCCGUGUUUUUUCAUCAUCUCCUUAUGGUAUAUUUGCCAUCGCUCAGAUGUUAUUACUGAUAGAAUUUUUAUCUUUACACCUUCUCAGUUUAGCCGUUACCUUAGGCCAGAAGAGAUCCCUCUUGAACAGUGAAAAUACAUCCCAAAGAGCAUUUCUCAUUAUCAGUGGACUAAAACUACAAUUUAUUUUGGACUAAAACUACAAUUUAUCUGGAUUAGUCUGUCCUGAGCAUAAAGCCACAUUUUUUUUGUGUAGUAUCAUACAUGUUAUAUGACAAGCAAGAAGUCACUGAAAUUUCAAUCAAUUUAUUGUCUUUAGUGUGAAGACCUUGCCUUACUGUGAUUGGAGUGGCAUUUCUCAUUUCUUCUUGGUUUAAUUUUAACACAAACUCCUUAUUUCUUCUUGGUUUAAUUUUAACACAAACUCCUUGUACCAAACCUUCAUUUUCUUCAAUAACUUUUUUUUUCUUUGCUAUUAUUGGUCUGUCGGGCUGUCACUGAACAGUUUUCCGAGUUUUUUUCCCUUAUCAAGAAAAGUUUCCAGGCUGAAACAUUGGACUACAGAAACUGUAAAAUAUCGUGAAGUUAUGCUGGUUUGUUUAUCAGUCUGCAGAUAACACAAGGCAAACUGUGGAUAUUUCCCAAAUUCUUUGGAGCAAUUUUGUUGAAGUUUACAUUUUCAACACUGAACAGACAAGCCAGAAGUUCUAAAACUAUUCUGUAUUGUUUGUUAAGUAAAGCGCUGCUUCAUUGGAGCAAGUCCUAAAUUUUCUUUUUAUAAACUUAGUUUUCCAUUGUUUUAAUGGAUGAAAUACACAUAAUUGGCUGCAAAAUGUAUGUCAAUUUAGGGAACAAUGGAAUAAGCACUAUCCCAAGUUGAGUACUGAACUCAACUGACUCCAGAUCAUCCAUCACUGUAAGUGGUUCCCUAAGUACAGUGUCAACCAUAAUGACAUUGUUACUAAAUGUAACUUUUCAGUAUCCAGAGGCUGUCCAAGCCACUGUUAGUGUAUAAGAGAUCCUACAAAUGAGAUGAGAUGUCUAUCAGUGAAAAAACAUUAUAGUCUAUUGUAUUUCUUGUUCAGUUAUCCAAGGCAGGAACACCACUUUCAGACUGUCAAGUCCUCCAGGUUUGUGGUUAGGCUUUGUGCUGGGAAUUCUCUUGUAUGGGGAGGCGGGGAGUCAUAGGACAACGCAGCUUACCAACAGCAUUUGCUGUUACAAAUACAGCCAGAUUUAUUUCUCUUCAUUUUGAAUACUCAAUACAACUUUGUUCCCCUUACAUGUGAUCACUUUUCCCCCUUUGGCAGGGGGGAGGGGGAGAUCCCUUUUUUCUUCUGAAUUGAAAUCUCUGUUUUUGGAUUAGUAGCUGUUUCCAAAUGUUAUUCUAUACAUGCAUAACUAUUUGGACAGCUUCUAUAGACCUGGAAAAGAUGCUCCAGUUAUUGACAGCCAGUUUUUCCAGCAAUUGAUAUCAUAUCAAAGACUGGAGACAAGAUACAUGCAUAUAAAAUUCCAAAAGAGGGCUUCACAACAUAUUUAAUUUUGCUCACUGUUAUGUUUUGAACUCAGUGUAAAAAUAAACCAUUGUACCUCUCCUGUAUACCCUUCCUUAAGAUGAACAACAGUGCAUGAUCUUAUUUUUAACAUGUUGCUUUAGUUCCUAUAGUAUCAUGGAUCAGUACAAUAUAAUACUAUUACCUUGUAAAUGUUACACACCAUACCUUAAAGAAAAGCCUUACCAUAUUGUUUAUCUUUGCAAAAAACUGUUCAAAUUCGCCUCAGGACAUCAGCUGCCAUUUCUCAAUUUAUUUUCCUUCUAAAGCAACUGAGUGUUCGGGAUCUGCUACUUUAGACUGUUUUCAUAUACUAAGACAUAAAAUUUCUAAUAAUCAUACCAAAAAGAAUUAAUAUAAUUUGUUAUCAUUAUUAUUAUCAUGUACAUUUUACGGCCUUCAUUGGACCACUCUAGCCAACUUUAUACAAAGAAUUUUUCAGUUUUCUGUCAGCCCAGUACUUCUUCAUUCUCUCGGAUCUCAUCCUUCUUUCUUCAUCAUAAAUCACCCUUCCUAUUGUCUGUUUGUUGAUUCUCGUUUGCAGUGUGGUUUGUUUGUCUGUGAGUUUCCUGAUUUUUGUCAGUUUUGUUUCUUAGGUUUUCCAAUGUAAUCUGUAGCUCAUGCAUAUCUUCCUUGAUUUCUGUAAUCCACUUAAUGUUGCUCCUACUAUUCCACAAUUUUUCCAUUAUUCUCAUGAUGAUCCUGUUCUCUGGUGUUCUGAUUAGAUGUUCGAAAAAUGAAAUAUAAUUAACAAAACUGUGAUAAGUGUAAAAGACCAGAGUAUUGUCACAGACUUGUGCCUCUACCAUAACACAAUAACUAAAGUUAUGCAAUUCUUUCAUCAAUUUUCUCUUUUCAUAAUCCACAUUAAGUUUUGCAGCCAACAGAAUCCAUUACAGCAUCUGAGGUGGAUCUGUUGUGAUUUUUUUUUCUUCGUAUUUGUACACUCUUAGUAGAGGAUAUGAAAUAAAACACAGCAAUAUCCUGUGAAUCACCAAAAUUUUUCAGCUGUUUUGCAUAUUCUGUGUUUGCAGCAGACAUUUUUUUGAUUUAACAUUUCAGAUGAACCGUCAUCUGAUAUUAUGCACAUACCAUCACGAGACUUUACCUUAUUUUUUGGUAUGUAGUAUGAUAUUAAUCAGGGAGGCAGUAGUGUGAUAGUUCACAGUUAAGCAGUUUGUAAUACACAGUUAGAACUUCUUUCUGAAGAUCUGUGGUUGCCUUCCCCCAUGUCCUAAUUGGCUACCUACCUUUAUUACAGAUGAGUAAGGUCACACAGUGAUUAAGACAGUGAAAUCUGAUUUGGAAGGAUGAAUUGACAAUCCAACCAUUGUUUUUAUGUGUUCUGUAGUUCCUCUAAAUUGUUUAAGGCAAUGCCGGGAUGGUUUGUUUGGAAAGGUCAUACCUGAUUCUAAGUCUCAGAUUGUGAUCCAUUUGUAAGUGGGACAUUAAAUACCAGUCUUCCUUCAUUUUUUUUCCUUCUUCUUCUUCUUCUUCUUCUUCUGCUUCUACUACUACAUGUAUCUCUUUAAUGCAGAAUUAUGUGCUAGAGAUCAAAUUUGUCUGUGAGAAGUGUCAUUACUACCACAGUCUUUAUUUAUAAUUUCAUAAUAUUUUAAUUAUAUAUAAGAAAUUUAGUUCGAUAUGUUUGGCUAAAGUUUUUUUUUUUUUUAAAGAAAUCAAAAUCCCUUGAUAAUUUUCCAUAACUGUAGGUGUGUCUCAAAAUCUCACGCCUUCCCCAGUUCUUACCCCAUACCCGUGAUGUUUCAUUAUUUUUGAGACAUACCAACUGACCAACUAAACAGUAGUAGAGUAUUCACUUCACUGGUGUCACUACCUUUUAUUGAAAAGUUGUAUUAAAAAUUUAGAAAUUGAGGAAAUCAACAUUGCUUCACAACUACUCAGUAUUUUUUUUCUUUUUUCCCCCACAGCUGUAACAGAAGAGCACAUAUGUUGUGAAUUUUUUGUGAACUUGUAAUUUCUGAAGGGCCAUUAUAUGUUAAUGCUCUCAUAGCAGAAUACAACCAACACAUUCACUCAUUCUAUGAGUGUCAUCUACAUUAAUUUACUGUAACAAUGAAUUACUCCUUAAAACAAUAAAUUAAUAGUUCUGUCGUGCAGUUCAUGAGGCAAGUUUAGUAAAGCUACCAUUUUACAACAAAGUAUAUCAAGGAUAGUUGGAAAUGCUUUUCACGUACUUUGUCAGAAAUAUUAAUUCUAACAAAUGGGUGGAUUUGUUAUGUCGGUCCACGCUUCAGUUAGACACAGUUGUGUUCUGUUUUCAGUAAGACUGAUGUAGUUAAUAUCAAUGUAACAUAAUCAAAUACCACAUAUCAUAUGAAGGCAGUGAUUUUCAUUUCAGUGAGUUACCCUCCCAACAGUUAGAAAUAAUAGCUGAAUACUUUUUAUGAUAACUGUUGGUGUAAAAGGGGACUCCCUUGACAGUUGCUGGGAAAAACAGUCAUUUGAAAACAUUGUGUAGAUUUGUUUUACAUGUAUCACUAUAAAAUCUAUGUAAACUACUAUUAACUUCAGCAUUUAGAUUAUGGGCUCCUUCCCUAGGAAACAAGAAAAACAAUAUGUGAAUAUUCAAAAUCAAAAGUAUUUUUAAUUAGAUGCAAAUUACAAGGUGGAAAGAAUUUGAUUGGAGAAGGACAUGUGAAGUGCAAUACUUGAUCACAUACAAGAUACUAUUAUGACCAGUUCUAGAGUACUGAUCUAGUAGUGUUUGGAGUCCGUAUAAAUGUAGGUGUACCGACAGAGAUUGAACAAAUUCAGAGAAACACUCGAUUCUGCAACAGAUGGAUGCAGUCCACAAGAAAAUUUAACAGAGACAUCUCAGAUAAUGCAAGUGAGAGUCUGUGGAAGAAAUGUGGCUUUGUUCUCAGAAAACCCUGUCGUGUAAAUUUAGAGGAACUGUAUAUUUUUCCUUUACUCAGUAGAUAAAUGGAAUAGGAUUGAAAGUCACUAACAUUGAUACAUGGUACACUCUUGUCAUGCACUGUACAGUGGUUUAUGGUAUACAUCUGUACGUGUAAAUAUUUUGAUAUGUUUCAUGUGACGACACCACAUAUUUAAACAGCUUUCCUAGUGUGUUCUUACUUAAAUUUUCUACUUUCUGUCAGCUAUACAGUGUACAUAUUUUUUUAAAUUCCUGUUUGAUGUUGAAAAAAGUGAAGCAGGUGUAUUAAAUGUAGAUUUGGGAUAUGUGAACUGAAAUUACUGACUGUAAUGGGACUGGUAGUAACAAAUGAAGAUGAUAAACUGAAAUUGUUUGCUCAAGAUGGAAACUCAAGGCUCAAAACAGAGAGGAAAUCUGCUGGCCCUUUGUGGUUGAGUAAUUCUUCUCUGCAGGAACUUUACCCAUGCCCUGAACCUUCACAUUUCUUCUUCUUAGCAGCUAUCAUAUGAAGAAGAACCUUUUGUUAUGAAAGCUUCCUUUAACACAAAGUAACAGCAUGACAGGCAGUUGCUUCAUUUAUCUGCCAUGUCACCUUAAGCUUCUCUUGUUCAUUCAUUCAUUCACACAUUGUGUUUCAUAAAUGUUAUCAAGAAGAAAAGCCUUCUGGGAUGUAGAACCACUCAAGUUACAUAUUUUAAUGAAAAUAAUCAAUAUUUAAAAAGUCAUAUGGAUAGAUAAAAAAUCUGCUCACCAAACAGCAGCAUAAGCUUUCGGAGCCACUGGCUGUUUCUUCUGGCAGAAGGAUUGAAUGAAAAGGAAGAGGGGUAAAGGAAAAGGACUGGCAGUGCCUAGGAAAAUGGAAGAGUUACAGAAAAGUCGCUCAGAACCUGAGUCAAAGGGAGUCUUACUGUACACGAUGAGAAGGAUAGCCUGCAGUUCCUGAUAAUUAACCAUUUUUAUUUUCCUUGGUAUUAUUGAAUAAAAUGGUGAGUGACCUCAUACAUACGAAAUUGGAGAGUUUGAGUAGUUGAUAAGUUAUUUUACACACCUCCCUUACUUCAAAAGCCUUUUAUUGAAACUGCCCAAUUACAUUUUCACAUAGUGAUCAGGUGCUUCUAUCAACUGCCUAUUGAGAAGUUCGGUCUCCAACUCGAUCUUCACUGUUGUCUAUAAUACCCCAUAGGGUUUGUUCUUACGUUUCAAGAUUACAGCUGGAAUCAUCUGGGAACAGGGUACCAAAUUUAGUAAUCAUAUUGAACAAAUGGCUUUCAACACAAUGUUUACUUCCUUAUUGCUGGCUUCAAUUCAAGCGAUGGUGGCCAGACUGAAAUGUAUAAGUGAAAUGAUAGUUCACAGGACAUAAGAAAACAUUGCUUAUUAUGAAUAAGGUUACCACUCAAGCAGAGACCAUGGUCCAAUUUCUCAAAAGGUUCUGGAACAGUUAUGACACAAUGUCACAAUGUUGCCCAUGUUUCGUUGCAAAAGUACAACAUCUUUCAACCUGUAGAUAGUUGACAGUAUAAUUAUGUAUUGGCCACAAGUAUGAGUCAAUAAAAUACAUUACUGGUGUAUCUCAUUAUUCAUCUUAUCACAUGCUUAUACUCCUCAAAUGCAGGUAGUAAUUUUUGUUAAUUUUUUAACUAUGGCAGUUUUCUUCUUAGAAUGAGAAUGUCAGAGAGUGUGUCAUAUUUUUGACUGGUGACAUUAACUGUGGAUAUAUUCUCUGUUAAGACUCUCGGAAUCUGCAUUAAUUAACAGUUGUGCCAUACAUUUUUAUGUUUGACUUAUCACAGACAUGUAAAUUUAUUAUUUCUCAUCCUCAUUUAUUUCUGUGAUCAAGCAUAUAUUAAAAUCUUUUGUGUGGAAACUAGUGAAGUUUGUGGAUGUAAAUUAUGUACAUUGUAAUAUAUCUGCAGAGUGUGUAUAAACUAGCAUUGUUACAAAUGUUAGUGAUUGAAGGAUGUUAUUCUUGAAUUCUUUUGAUUGUGUGUACCAGAUUUGUGGAAAAUAGUGAUAUGCAGCAUGUAAAGCAGCAAAGAUAGAAUGCAGUCUCGUCUUCCUUAUGUUUGUCUUCAUGACAGACAGCACCACUGUCUUUCAUGUUGUUUAUUCAUUAAAGACUGCUAUAUAUUUGCACUUCUUCUGUGCUUAUUGUGAACAAGACUUCAUUGUAGACUGUUUUAUAUAUACAUAUAUAGGCCGUAUAUCUGAUAGUGAUUACAUAUAGCUUUAUUCCUGACUGACUACUGUACUUCUGUCAUAUUGUGAUCAUUAUAAUUAUUUAAGAUUAUAAUACAAAUGAAUUAUUAAUUUAGUUGAACAAAUGACUGGUGACAGAGGUCCAUAGUAAUAUAUUUUUAAUUAAUUUCUGUUUUUUUUAUUUACACAGUUUGCAAGCUAAGGUCCAUAUUAGUUUCUUCUGGAAAACAUAUUUAUUUAGAAACUUUUAGCGAUAAUUAACAUUCAGAUCUGUUAUGAAAAUUAAGAAAACUUACUUUUAAUUUAGUUUGAAAGCACUUUCAGAGCUGUGGUGAACAGAUUGAAGUGAAAGAACUGUGAUUGUAGAGUUAUUGAAUCAUGUAUUUGGCACUAGUAGACUAGUUAUGGCAGUUUCAUGUCGCUGGCAUUGAAUGAAGAGAAUUUUGAAUAAUGGCAUUCCAGUGCCAUUUGUAUAAGGUGGGCAUAUUAUGUAAGUACGUCUCAGACGAAUGUUCAUUUUAGCUGGCUCACUUUCACUGUGUGUUAGUACUGCCCAUUCAUAUCUGUAUUUUUACUGCUGUCUUGAAAUUACUUUAUGAUAUUUGCUUCAGGAGAGGUGUGCAUUGAUGAAUGCAUGAUAAAGUAGCAACAUAAUUAUUUGGGCUUCUCUUGUUUUAUAUUUCCUGUGCAGUAUUUUUAUUAUUACUGUAUGGCUUUUUGAACUCGCAAAUUCAGUUGAGGAAUAAGUGUUAAUAGUCAUAUUACCUAGAGUUGUCAAAUGAUAAAUUGCCAACCCACUACAACUACAUCUUUUUGUUUGGUGAUUUGAAGCAGUUUGAAAUGGUGGUCUGUACUGUUUUUAUCUGAGUUACAUCAAUUACUUGGAAUUCAGCUUGUACACAUUAUGAUGGUAUGUUUUAGUGUCAUUUCAUAUCUUUUAUCCACAUAUAACUACAGAAAUAGCUUUUUAUUGCAAACAAAUGUUUGUGUGGUGAGUAGCAAUAGGAUAUUGGUGCACUUUCCUCCACAUUCUUGCAUAGAACAGUAUAUCCACUGAAUAAAUGGAGUAUUUCAUUUGGGUGCAUGUCUCCACAGUAAUCCAAAUAAUGGUGAUGGUAAGACUUAAAAGGAACUGACUGUGAUAUUUUUCAAGAAAGAAAUGGUUUUAUCAAAUAAGUUUGGUAAGAAUUCAGAACAGAACAUCAAAAAUGUGUUUUGAAUGUUAGACAGUACAGUGAAUGCAACUUGUUCUUUAGUAACUGGUAUUCCCGACACUGCAGCUGUUUGAUUUAUAGACUUCUAUUUUUAAUUUUAUAUUUACUGUGUGCGCGUAUAUAGAUUAUUAGAUAUGUAAAAAGUAAUGUGGACUCUGGAUACUGACUGUACAGAAGACUUUGGCUGUUGAAUCUCUUGAAGAUUGAUCCAUAAGCCUGUCUGUAAGGACUGAGGCAGUGAUGCUCAUAAUGACUGAUGUAAUAGUAUUUAUUAAUAUUUUCUUGCCAUUUGAUACUUUUAAUUUAUGUAUGUGUGUUUUGUAUUGAAAUAAAUUACCUGUUUAUGAAA